CACAUCGCUCUCUCCCACACAUACCGCCAUGUCUGCUUUCCUAUCGGGCGCUUCGGUCCAGUGUGGACCUACAUCUGCUCUCAAAAACGUCUCAGACAGGAUCAACGUUGACCGUUCUCUACAACAGGAUCGACUAGCCUACACCUCGAAUGCCUCUGGAUCAUCAUCAAAGCAGCCAUUCAGAGCUCAACUUGCUCAGCUGCCAGUCAACCAGUCCCCGAAGCAAGUUCCAGGACCUCCAUCAACUUUUGACCUCUCUUCACUGAGGCAACAGCUUUCUCCUGUUCCAUCAACUUCUCAUGCCUCAGAUUGGGCCAGCGAUUUCGUCCCUCUGACAGGACCGACAGCAUCGAAAUACACCCGUUCUGUAGCUUCCACAAAGAGCGGUUGGCAGGAAGAGUUUAGCCAGCAUGUUGCAGCCGCGCCUCCACUUGGAACCACAAGAUCUCAGAAACCCCUAUAUAAUGCUGGUCUUGCACCAUGGGAGGUUCCAGAAACUCAAUAUCAACUUCAGCGCCCGGCAUUGAUGCGACCAAGCUUUCGGUCGCAUGACAUUCCGAUUUCAGAAGCAAGCCUGACAUUUCCUCGACCUGAUAUCCAUGCAGCGGCUCCCGUUAGUAAAUAUGAAGAGCAAAUUGGUCAACCAACCGGAUCAGAAACUCUGCCUCUUGAUGAAUCUCAACAAUUACUAGCUCGGACGGCCCGGUCCUUUGUAAGUAAUCUGGAGACCCAGUCAGACAUUUUAUCUGCCAAUCCCAAAUUUGCACAAAGUAAAUUCUUGUCUCUUCUGAGAGGCUUAGGUGACGAACAGGUUGUGGUCAAAGAAGGGCAAGAGGUAAAAGGUGAGGAGGUGGGUGAGGGUGCGACAUUCGUUGAGCGGAACAUUGUUGGAAACAAUUGGGCGGAAGGUUUUGCCAAGCAAAAAGAGAAAUCAAUACCGCAAGAAGCCCCCACCUUGGCUGAAGCUGAAUACCUCGAACGAAGAUCGCCUUAUCCUCCAGGUCAAAAAGAGUAUCCAGCCCUGAAUUCUUGGGUUCCGGCUUUGCCAACGCACACAUUGGUUCCUCCCCAGACAGCUCCUCAAGCUGCCCGACUAGCCGCGAAUAAUGGUGCUUUGUGGGAUCAACAGUAUCAUGAUCAAGAAGCCCUCAUACAAUCUUCGGAAUCGCCCGCACCCGAGCCAAGAAAGAAUGUCCACUUUGACGAACACCCCGCUUCUCGAGAAAGGAGUGGUGUACCCAGCACUCUCGAGGAAGCCAUUUCGUCUCCUGGCAACAUCCCCGGCGCAGGUUGGGGUUGGAAUGAACAAGGGCUAACUCACGACUUUGAUGAAGAUGUUUUUGAAGAGUUCAAUGGUCAACUCAGACGGGCCCAAGAAAGUUUGGAAGGCGGAGUGGGGAAGCAAGAAAGUUGGGAUAGGCUGCAAAGUGAUUGGGAGGAAUUUCAAAGGACAGAACCUGGCGUUGCACAUUUCAGAGGCAUGGGGACUGGCGACCAGUCAGAAAGAUACAUGUUCCAAAGUCGAAACCCUUAUUCGACCGAUGAAGAGGAGCUAUAUUUCGAAGUGUCUAGAGACUCACCUACCUUAAAAGGUAUACUUGAGCUUGAAUCUGAAGUACAGAAAGAUUCUACCUCACAUGAAGCAUGGUAUGCCCUCGGCCUCAAGCAACAAGAGAAUGAGCGCGAAGACCAAGCUAUCUUGGCCCUAUCCAAAGUCAUUCAACUGAAUCCGCAGUAUCGGCCAGCGUAUCUUGCCCUCGCUGUCAGCUAUACAAAUGAAGGGGAAAAUGAGGCCGCGUGCACCAUGCUGGAGGAUUGGAUUAGACUGAAGGACAGCAAAAAUACAACCGGCGCUGAUGGACAAAAAGGAAAAGACAGAAACAAACUCAUUGAGAGUUUAAUAGAAAUUGCGAGGCAAACGCCGCACGAGAUUGAUGCUGAUGUUCAGGUUGCACUCGGGGUGCUGUUCAAUAUGAGUGGGGGCCAGGAUUAUUCCAAAGCUGAGGAUUGCUUUUUGGCGGCCUUGGAGGCCCGGCCUGAAGAUUGGUUGUUGUACAACCGUCUCGGUGCAACACUUGCGAACAGCGGAAGAUCCAGCGAAGCUGUACAGUACUACCAUCAAGCUCUGAGGUUGCAUCCCGGUUUUGUCCGAGCUUUGUUCAAUCUUGGCAUCGCAUACAUGAAUCUCGGUGAAUAUCAAACUGCCGCCCAAUCAAUCCUCGACGCCCUGAGGCUCCAGCACUCUGAGGCAAGUGAAGCCUAUGCAUACGGCCAGAAUGGUGGAGGUGCAAAAGGUGUUACGAGCGAGACGCUAUGGAAUAGUCUAAAAGGCGCCUGCUUCUAUAUGAAUCGACAGGACCUUGUAAAAAUCGUAGAAAAGAGAGAUUUAUCUGGUCUGCCAUUGAAAUUUGUAGAUGAAGAGCUCUAGAUUGUAUCAUAAUUGAUUUUUCAAUCUCACAAACAUUCUAAAAGUCGUAUACAUCCUGCCCCUGGUCCCUCACUGCACCGCCGACGACCACAUUGCCCUCCCUCCCGAACCCAUCCCCAUACGGAUCGUACGCCCCAUUCGCACCUGCUGCAUCUGGAGCGACUCCUUGUUCGGGACCCAUACCCAUCUCGAUGUUCUUUGCUUGCUGUUGGAAUUGAGCUUUGAUGUGUACGGUUUGCCGGAUCAGUUCAUGACAAGCACGUUUGAGAGCCUCUGCAGGAUUUGACCGCUCGUCGGUCUGGAUUUUGAGAAGAAUGUCGUUUUCAAGAGGGUGAGGAACUUUGUAGCCCGCGAAGAGAACAGUAGGGUCGAGCAUUAAUUGUCUUAACCAGUUGUCAGCACAUCCAUCAUGAGAUCAAUUCAAUGGCUUGCGGCUCACGCUCUGAGCAUGUUUCCCAAUGUAUGAUCCUGUCGUCGUAUGACUAUAGUGGAGGCGUUGGGCAGUUUGGGGUCCUCCGUGAUCGUUAAUCUGUCGAGUCCAACUCAUUAACUUUUGAU